GUAAUGGCGGCAUUCAUGGACUGAGAAGACAACUUUAGAAGUUUAUGGUUUUCAUUGGAUUGUCUCGGUACAUGUAACAGAAUGGGACAGCAAAAUUCUAAAUAUAACAGUUCUCAGAAUGACCCAGAGAAGGGUGUCAUCCCACAGAAUACAAAGAAGAUCCACGGUCUGUCCAGAAUUCUGACUGCCAAAGCUGAGCACAGUAGGGAGGUUGCCAUCCAGGGUUGGGACAAACAUAAUGAGAAUAUGAGAAAUACACAGUUGUUGAAGGGGUUGUUUAAGCAACUUGAUCCUACAGUGACCAAGGCUGUAGGAGAUUUGAGAGGUGAAAUCCAACUUUCCUACAAGUAUGACUUCAAGCGCCAUCUCUUAUUGGUCAAGGUUAUCAAGUGCAGAGAACUCAAAAGCAAAGACUUAAGGUCGAAAAUGUCAGAUCCAUAUGUCAAGUUGACACUCCUACCAGACAGAGAAGGGGCAGGCGAGAAAAGAACAGCCAUGGUCAGACAAUGUAACGAUCCCAUCUAUGAUGAGAUUUUUGCCUUCCCUCUGGAGGAGUAUGAGCUGAAUGACCUGAAGAUGGUCGUCCAGGUUAUGGAUGCUGAUAUCAUGGGACAGGACGACUUUAUCGGAGAGGUCAUUGUGGACAUGAAGACGUUUAACUUCAGAGUGGCACCAUUUCAUACGGCCUGGUACACACUUAACAUGGAGACUGACCUAAAUGUCACAGGAGAACUAGAGUUUGCUGUGGAGUUCCAGCUCCCCUCAAGCCUUUUGGUGACGGUGUAUCGGGGGCGGGGGCUCAGUGCUAGAGAUGAAGGAAAAACAGCAGAUCCAUUUGUUAAACUGACAGUUACUGGAACAUCGUCUAUGUUCCAAACUCAGGUGAGAAGAGACACACUGGAUCCAGAAUGGAACGAGACAUUUGAGUUUGAUGUGACACAAGAAGAUCUUAGCAGCAGAUACCUGAUUUUUCAUGUGAUUGACCAAGAUAGAGGGGUCAACAAUGACUCUUUGGGACAAGUCGUAAUUGACCUUCGAACUUUUGACCCAGAAAAACGUCUCCAUGAAACUCACAAUCUUGCUGAUCUGAGGAACACAGAGUUGCUGAGGUCAAAGUGGGGACAACACGCUACAGCCCAGGAGUUUAAGGAGGCAUUCAUUGCCCAUGCAGCAACCAAACAUCCCAAUUUCCUUUUUGCUGAGCAUUCUGGGAAAAAAGUGGUCAACGUCAGCUGUAGAAAAGCAGGUGCCCAGGGCAGGAUACGCAUCAUUGACGGCAUUCCGGUCAAAUGACGCCUGCGCAGUCACCCAUCCGUGUCCCUUCCGACCGAUCCUCGUCUUUGGCUUUCAUUCUCGCUUGAGUUAAUCUUUGUAUUGGCUACCAUAGACUGGGAUAUUGUACUGUAUUUUUAGAAUAAAUACUGAUGUUUAUUUUCUAUCUAAAGCUGCACACGACCAUUUGUUUGUUUUACAUUUUCAAAGUCAUUAAGUCCAUCCUAAUGGCUAUUUUAUUACUAGUUUAGUUUAGUGUAAUCCUUAAGCAUAAUUACAGUUCAUUGGAGAUUUUGUAAAUAACCCGUUUUAUUAAUGUUCCAAUAAAGUAGCAAUUGUAAUAUAACACAAAUAGUUAAAGUACAAAAGUUUAGUUGACAUUUACUGAAUCUUAUGUAUAUAUGUACUUUUUCCUUCAUUAUUCUAUAUACAUGUGCACUUAGAACCUGUUAAGUUACUGAUGUUUAUGAAUAUUUAUUUUGGAAAUUUUUAUACAUGUUUGUUGAUUUUUUUUAAACCUGUGUCACUAUAUACAUUCAAAUCAUAUUUUUAAUCCCUCUUAUUAUAGCGAGAACUGUUUGUAAAAUGUUCAGUAAUGAUGUUAACGAUUAUGAUUGAAGAACAGAAAAAAAAUCUUGUUUCAUGAUAUAAAUGUUACACUGUAUCUUUUAAAAUUUUGUUUUUAUAUUUUUACUUUAUCUCAAUUGUGAGUACGUUAUGUGGAUUGAAUUGAGGGUCUUUUUCAAACUCACGAAGAAAAUUAUUUUAUGAAAUAUUAUAAUAAAAAUGGCACUAACUGAAGAACUACAUUAUGUCAUACAUGUAUGUUAUACUUUUAGCGGUUAGUUAAACAUGUAGGCGUUUUAUUCCUUAUCUUGUACUUUAAAAUCCAGUUUCUGGAGCAAUUUAUUUGUUUUCCUUCAUCUUCUCGCUAUUAGUUUUUCUGUGUGCGUUUUCGCUUUUUGCGAUAACGAAUUUUAAUGUCCUCAUUUUCACUUUUCCCUUCUUCAUAUAAUCGUCUCCUUUGAAGUUUGUAUCUAUGUACCACGAACAAGAUCGAUACUUUUCAGAUAAGUUCCCUCGGUUGAAGUUUAUCCACUCGGGAUCUACUUUUAAUUUGUUAUUUGAUGACUUUUAUGGUUUUCAUUUGUUGUGAUUAUGUUAAUAUUUUGAUGAUAUCUGAAUUCUGUGUGCGUCCUUGUACACUUAUAGGUUUAAAUCAGCAUUUAAUGCAACGUGGUGAUAAAUUCACACGUGGCUGGGAAAAUGGCGAUGUGCUGUAAAUUAAAUUUUAUCAUUUUGCAAAGCUGAAUAUUAUUCGUUAGGAGAUAGAAAAUGCAAAAAUUUAUUAGUAGAUUUAAAAACACAAUGACUUUUUUCCCUUUUUAAUCCCAGAUAGACAUUAUGUAGUGUGAGAUUAUCCACUCUCAUGCAUUUAACAAUAUUCUCAUUAGCAUUUGUUAAUAUGGAGUAAGAUGCCUAAAAAAGAUCUUUUUAUAUAUAUAAAAAAAAAAAAAAUUAGGAGUAUUAAUUAAAUUUGAUCUGAAUUUAAAUUGAUAAAUUAUUUACUUAUGAAUGACGAAAAGCAGUUUGAUUCCAGAAAGGAUAUUUGGCUUGACAAGCAUACUUUAAAAUCCAUCUUGAUAACCAAAAUUAUGACUGCUUGACCAAACCUUAAAUGGCCAAAAGCAACACACAAAUGCAUUCUUCCAUGAAUUAUGAUAGACAUCUAUACGAAGUGAAAUAAUUUCACAUUGUCAUCUAUUUCAAACGAAAAUCUUUAUUGCUUCAAGUGUCGAUAUCUAUAUGAUUGUAUAUUGAUAAGAAAAUACACAACAUUAAUAACCCCUAUACACCAAUCCUGCCUAUUAUUAGUGAUACAUUUGUGUAAUCCAAGGUCAAAUAAUUAAGGGAUUAAUAUCCAUUACACUUAAAAGAUACAGAAAAAAAUCAAAAUGAUAUAAAAAAGGUCAUAUAAUGUAUUGACAAAAAGAAAAAAAUAUUUGAGAAAUUUAAAGGAAAUUCUUUUGGGUUUUUAUGUCCAUUCUUUACAUGAAGGAAUUUUUGGGUUUUACAGCAACAGUUACAAUCUAGAUAGCUAGAUUUUAUUUCGGCUUGUUGACAGCCACUUGUGGGUCUCCAAAGUCGUGCUUAAAAGGUUCAGGCCGACUGCACUUUUUAAUGUCUUUUCCAAAACUUUAUAUUUUGCUUCUUAUCUCUGUAAAAAGCUGAUUGCUAUCUUUGAAUGUAUGCUUUUUUGUGAAGUUUCUGCAUUUUGGCACUCUGGUAUACCGAGUGUAAGCUCUUUAUCAGAUGUAGUUUAAUCUUGGGUUAUGAUAUGAUAUCGCCAAAAUCUCGAUGAAAUCUCGCCACAAUUUAAUCAGUGCAUUGCCCACUGAGAACAGAUGCACAUUACUAACAGUCUCUUGUCUAUAUACUGACCUAGGCUUUACAUAUAUUUAUUUAAAUUAUUGAUUUACACUUUAUAUUACGAAUUUUUUUCUUCUUCAAAAUGCUGUUUUAUGUCCGUUCUGUUAAAUGAGCAAUGAAUCCUCUUGUAUGAUGCAUAUAAAAUUUGGAACGAUACUGCUAUAGUUACAUCUUAUGUCAUGCCUGCAGUAGAUCUGUAGGCACUUCUUUGUAUUUUUCUCGUAUAACUUUAAAUAGCAGCUGGUCUGUUUUAAUCAAAUUUAUAUUAUUAUGCAAUAAACAUCUUAAACUGUU